AUCAGGAAAACACCUAGAGACAGGAGACUGUUCGCUCCCGAGCUGUUUUCUCGCUGGACAAUUAACCGCUACAGUUAAGAGGAAAAACUUCCAUACCGAUGGCCACCAUGGAUCACGGACCUGUCCUGCCACUGACAGCAAUAGCAUGGACAUCCAACCUUUCCACCUGCCCUAAAGACUUUACCCUGAUCAACAUUACUGAAGAUGGAGCAAAUGCAAACUUCACGCGCUUUUCAAUGAGACCCAGUUAUUACCUUUGUUACAGCAAGGCCACCUCGGGUGGUAUGGUCGUGUCAGAUAUUCGACUCAUUGCUGAGAAGGACUCUAUUCCUCAUGGCUACUGCUUCAUCGCGGAGCACUUGGAACCAAAGACCACCGUUUCAAAGAAGAAACGUGUAUGUGUGCGUGUGGUUCCAGUUGGUAGUGUGGACACUGCUAUUUUGGACAUCAAACUGACAGCCAGAAGCAAAAUGAUGUUACAGCAUUACACAUAUGUGGGAGAAAUCAACAACUAUGUAUUGUGGUGUCGGAAGGGUCAUUUUACCAGCACUACACCCCAAACUAAACCACGUAAUGUCAGUCUGACUUCACGCAGAUACUCACUGGAGCUCCCAUCUGUUCCCCAGCCUUUAAAACCCAGCAAUCCGCCACAAGGGUCACAGGUUAGACUCAGCCACAGGCGCCACUCCCUUCCUGGUCAGGAGACCCGGGAAAAAACAGCUGACGGCAGCAUCCAGGGAAUUCCAGCGCUAGAUGGAGUGCCCUUCAGCCUUAACCCAGAGUUGGACAUUCAACCAAAAGCUAUAACUCAGCUGAACUACCAGCUCAACACUAUGACUAUAAAAUCCCUUCAGGACAUAGAAAAUGAGUAUAAAUACACAUUUGCAGUGGAGUAUGCUGCCAAGAGGACCAGACCGCUUGUGCAGAUAUCCUAAUUAGCUCAGUGAUCUUUGUUCCUUUCCAAAGCAACAAUAUUUCACCUCCUCCUUUCGAAUGUAAUGCAACAAAUGAAGGACAUCUUUGUGCAUCUUCAGAACAUUAAGCUUCCAAAGCACAUGUAUUUAGAAGUCACACAUUCCCAUGUAUUUAAAACAUUGUUACAACAUUCCAGUUAAUUGUUACAUUGUGGGAAAUAUAUUAAGAUGGGGAAAACAGGGUGAGCAGUAUAAUGAAUACAUAUAUGAAUAUUUAGCUGAUGUGCCAUUUUGGACAUAUAAUUUGCAUAAAAUGAUAGUCCAUCAAUAUUUUGCUUUACAUUGCAAGAUUGAUUGAUUGAUUGAUUGAUUGAUGUGGCAGGCAGUGCUGUUUGCUACUUACAGUGGGGAAAAUAAAUAUUUAGUCAACCAACAAUUGUGCGACUUCUCCUACUUGAAAACAUUACAGAGGCCUGUAAUUGCCAACAUGGGUAAACCUCAACCAUGAGAAACAGAAUUUUGAAAAAACAAAACAGAAAAUCACAUUGUUUGAUUUUUAAAGAAUUUAUUUCCAAAUUAGAGUGGAAAAUAAGCAUUUGGUCACCUACAAACAAGCAAGAUUUCUGGCCUGUCAAAGAGGUCUAACUUCUUCUAACGAGGUCUAACGAGGCGCCACUCGUUACCUGUGUUAAUGGCACCUGUUUUAACUCUUUAUCGGUAUGAAAGACCUGUCCGGACCAGUCAGUCACACUCCAAACUCCACUAUGACCAAGACCAAAGAGCCGUCGAAAGACACCAGAGACAAAAUUGUAGACCUGCACCAGGCUGGGAAUACUGAAUCUGCAUUAAGUAAAACGCUUGGUGUAAAGAAAUCAACUGUGGGAGCAAUUAUUAGAAAAUGGAAGACAUACAAGACCACUGAUAAUCUCCCUUGAUCUGGGGGUCCAUGCAAGAUAUCACCCAGUGGCGUCAAACUGAUAACAAGAACGGUGAGCAAAAAUCCCAGAACCACAUGGGGGGACCUAGUGAAUGACCUACAGAGAGCUGGGACCACAGUAACAAAGGCUACUAUCACUAACACAAUGCGCCACCAGGGACUCAAAUCCUGCAAUGCCAGACGUGUCCCCCUGCUAAAGCCAGUACACGUCCAGGCCUGUCUGCGGUUUGCUAGAGAACAUUUGGAUGAUCCAGAAGAGGACUGGAAGAAUGUGUUAUGGUCAGAUGAAACCAAAUUAGAACUUAUAUAUAGAACAAAGUAUUGAGAUGCCCUUUUCGUAUUGACCAAAUACUUAUUUUCCACCAUAAUUUGGAAAUAAAUUCUUCAAAAAUAAAACAAUGUGAUUUUCUGGGGGGUGGGGGGGGUUGAGAGUCCACAUUGUCUCUCAUGGUCGAGGUUUACCCAUGUUGACAAUUACAGGCCUCGCUAAUAUUUUCAAGUGGGAGAACUUGAACAAUAAGUGGUUGACUAAAUACUUAUUUGCCCCACUGUAUUUAGAAGUCACACAUUCCCAUUUAUUUAAAACAUUGUUACAACAUUCCUGUUAAUUGUUACAUUGUGGGAAAUAUAUUAAUAUUGGGAAAAACAGGGUGAGCAAUGUACUGAAUAUAUACAGUAUAUGAAUAUUUAGCUGAUGUGCCAUUUUGGACAAAUAAUUUUCAUAAAAUGAUAGUCCAUCAAUAUUUGGCUUUACAUUGCAAAGUUGAUUGAUUGGUUCAUUGAUUCAUUGAUUGAUUGAUGUAGCAGGCAGUGCUGUUUGCUACUUAGCUGAUUUAUUUCUCAACGAAAAAAAUGUCAUGUUACAGCAAAAAAAAAAAAAAAAACAGGACACAACUUUGCUUUUUUAAGUAAAUGCAUGUCUCUGCAUGGAAACAUCUUGUUUUAGGACAAAAGCUGUUUUAUUCCCAACUGGAAAUAUGAAGAAAACUCAUUUUGGGCCAGUCAAAAGUUAGUGGAGCAUAUUAUUACUUUUUUGUGGGUUGUUUUCUGUAUUAUAGUCGCACAUGAGCCAGGUAUUGAUCUACCAGUUGAUUGUAUAAUGUGUGUUAUUUUUAUGCCCCCUAAAAAUGCGUAAUGCUUGAAGAAAACAAUAAAUAUUGAAGACUACUCAUUGUUUUUUUCUUUAUCCAUAUAGGAGGUAGCGGGAUUAGUUGUCCCAUGGGUUAGUUGUCACACUUGCGAUAACUCGACCACCAGAGGGCAAUGUUGCACAAUAUCAGUAUUGAAAUUAUAAUUGCGCACCAAAAAAUCUACACUGUUUGAACUAUAAAGUUACGUAUCACUUUCAGGUAAGAAGCAAUUAGGUUUGUUUGUUUGUUUUUUUUUUGUUUUUUUUUUACAAUUAAAAAGUAUGAGGAAGAAGCCAGUUGAAGCCACUUGAUUGCUAGCAGUUAGCCUAGUUUACAGCGUAAAAAUGAGUUGGUGUUAGUUGUCACAAUUUAGAUGAGAUGGUUGUCACAUCAUCAGUUCAGAUGAUUCAAAAUUUUUUGUUAUUUUGAAGCAACAUUGUAAACCUGUUCUGUUAUUUGUAAAUGUGUUUUAAUGGUAGCAUUGUAAUGAAGUCUUGUUGAUGUUCCAUGUUUAUUAUGCUGCCAUAGCAGAUUCAUGGCGCAUUAAGUCCCUGAACUGUUUUUAAUUUGUCCGCUUUAACCUGGAAACCCCCGUUUACAGGAGUCGCGCAACUGCUUUUGUUUCAACCUAGCCAUAAAAAGGUAAAUAAUCGUAUUCUUCGAAAUAUGUCAUUUUUAUCUUAGAAUCAUUCAUUUAUGUCUAA